AUGCGCCCAUACAACGUGGAUGAGAUUGUGGGAUUUUUCUCCUGGAUUGCUAUAGGUCAUAUGGUCUGGCUAGUCAUAGGAACCACCACUUUCUUCUCCCUGGCUAUUCUCGCUAUCAACACAGUAUUUGCGCAAGAGACACUUGCUGGAUGGGUUGGAAAAUACCUCACAAAAUCGUCAGGCUUGCAGAUUGUGUUCGAAUCUGCGAUUGUGCCGAAAUGGGGAGAUGGUGUCAUCACUUUUAAGAAUGUCUUUGUCUCUCGCAGACCUGGUCAGGAUGCCAAGUCCACUGUCAAGAAGGGCUCACCAGAAGAGGCUGCUGCUGCCGCGGCCGCACGAGAGCGCAUUCCUCCAGAAGAGCAAAACUACACACAAUUUGAUAUAUCUCUGGGAGAAGUCAAUGUGACACUCUCGUUCAGCAAGUGGUGGAAUUCCAAAGGACCAUUACAGAACGUUGAGAUCAAACAUGUUAGAGGUGUUGUGGAUCGCACCCACGUAUACUGGAAUCCUGAUCAGCCCUACGACCCGAAAAGUGCACGACAUGAGCACAAUCCUGGAGACUUUGAAAUUGAGUCCUUCAAAAUUGAGGAUUUGCUGGUCACAUUACAUCAGCCAAAAGGCUUCAGACCAUUCACGAUUAGCAUCUACAAUGCGGAUCUGCCUCGACUACGAAAGCAGUGGAUCAUGUAUGAUUUCCUCUGUGCAACAAGCAUGACAGGAGAGUUUGACCACUCUCUAUUCACUAUUCACCCACGACAGACACAUUCUCAUACAGGAAUGGACUUGAACGAAGUCGCAAGUCACGAACCGUGGAAAAAGCAGUCUAGAAUACGUAUCGACGGUCUGAACAUUGAUCACCUCAAUCGAGGAGUCGAGGGUCCAUUUGGGUGGAUCAAAGAAGGAAAUGUCGAUCUUGUUGCCGACAUCAUGAUACCUAAUGAUAAUGACGAAAGUGUAAUAAAGGUGAUGAGCGACUUUUACGACCAAAUCGAAGCUCAGUUUCUGCUCAAGAAAAGGCAUUUACAGAAACUUCUCGACAACAACGUCACUUAUGGCGAGCAAGAGGAUGAGAAUGACCUGAGACGACCCUUGCCAGUUUCGAAGGAAGUAGAUCCGACUCCAGACUCGGACCGAAGGUAUUUGGUCAUGGACCUCAGAAUACACUUGAACGAUGUUCGAGCUACAGUACCGCUCUUCACGAAAGACCUGUCCUACGUCAACAACGCUCUCAUUCGACCUAUCGUAGCCUACAUUAAUUCGAGACGGACUUUCAUACCCAUUCAUUGUAGAGUAGUCAAGCGAGUCUCAGACAUGGACGGAUCAUGGACCGCAUACGACAGCGGCUUGAUGGACGAUGUGAGCGCUGAAGUCUACGAUGCAUUUUCAAAAGAUGUCACUGAUGACGAGGCACGAAUGAGGAGGUUCAAAAAAGUUGGCUUAUGGAGUUUGCAGUUAGCGGUGCAAGCGAUCUUUCUGGGUAUGGCUGGCAAUAUAGCCUAG